AUGAGAUACCUACCUAUACAUCGAGCGGCAGGGAUACCGCAACGAAGUCGCUAUGGUCCCUAUGCACUCCAUAUGAUUCUGGAGCGCACCAAUAUGGACCCUACAGACCGUGAAGAAAUGAUUCUGCAAAAUCCGGCAACUGGGGAAGACAUCUCCAAAAUUGUUAUGGCAAACCAGAAUGACGUAGAAACAGCUAUAUUUACAGCAGACGAAAUUUUUCAGUCGGGUGUCUGGUCAAGGGCCCCAGCUAUCCAACGCUCCGGAGUACUGUCGAAUCUAGCAAGGAGGCUCCAGGACAGUUUGAAGCAGAUGGCGCGAAUCGAGUCUAUCCAAACAGGCAGAGCGAUACGCGAGAUGGAUGCUCAGCUUGGGCGUCUCCCAGAAUGGUUCGAUUAUUACGCAGCCUUACUUCGCACCCAUCAAGCAUUUAUCGCCCCUACUCAGGGUAAACUGCUGAACUAUGUACAACGUGUUCCUCUGGGUGUGGUUGCUCAGAUCACGCCUUUCAAUCACCCACUGUUGAUUGCAGUGAAGAAGAUAGCACCGGCCUUGGCUGCGGGGAAUUCUGUUAUUGUCAAACCCAGCGAGCUCGCGCCAAUAUCGCUCCUCCACUUCGCAGAGAUGGCCACCGCCGCCGGUCUUCCGCCUGGUAUCUUAACGGUACUUCCUGGAAAUGGGAAAACAAUUGGUAAAGCAAUUGCGUCGAAUCCCUUGGUAAGGAAAGUGGAUAUCACGGCGGGCACCGCCACUGGGCGUGCCCUUGGAAGUCUCGUCGGGUCCAACUUGGCCGCCUUCACGGCGGAGUUGGGUGGGAAGACGCCAAUCGUCGUCUUCAACGACGCAGAUCCAGUAGCUGCCGCGAAUGGCGCAGCGUUCGCAUGUUUCGUCGCUUCCGGACAAACAUGUGUUUCUGGUACACGCCUGAUUGUCCAAGAUGAGAUCUAUGAGACGUUCAUGGAACUUUUCAUGCAGAAAGUGCAUCUGAUCACUUCCAGAAUGGGUGACCCACUGAACUACCGUACGAUGAUGGGUUCUGUAAUAUCACAUCGUCAGCUUGUACGCAUAGAGAAGCUGGUGCAGCGUAAGGGCGUUGGGAAUAUCCUUACCGGAGGACGACGCAUGACUGGAAAGUCACCCAUGGACGACUUUGAUUUCUCCAAGGGGAAUUUCUUCCCUCCCACCGUAAUCACUGACGUCUCCACCGAUGACGACCUUUGGAGAGAGGAGAUAUUUGGUCCUGUAGUGGUUGUAAAGCGUUUCUCAGAUGAACGAGAAGGCGUCGUUCUUGCGAAUGCUUCCAAGUAUGGUCUUGGUGCAGGCAUUUGGACAAAUGAUGUGUCCAGAGCCCAUAGGGUAGCCGCUGAUAUUCAGGCCGGUCUGGUGUGGGUGAACACGCAUCAUCGCAAUGAUCCCAGUUCGCCUUGGGGUGGCAUGAAGGAAAGCGGUAUAGGCAGAGAAAAUGGGGUUGAGGCGUUCGAAGCUUACUCGCAAAGCAAAUCAACAGUCCUCAACAUCGCUUCACCAGAGGAGACAAGAGAGACACAAGACUGGUUCGCUGACAACGAUGCUGAGAAGCGGUACGGAUGA